CAAAAGAAGCGUGGCCUCUGCCCACCUGUCCGACCGUGAGGCCCACCGCGGGCUGUUCCAGUCCCGAGCCCGAGGGCAGGGAGCCCGUCCACAGGCGAAGAUGGAAGAGUGGUGGCAGGACAGGCGCCAACAGGUGCAGAGGCAGAAGGGGGAGGGGCGGGGCGGCCAGCGCAGCUGUGAGAUGGUUCCCCUUCCCCACCAUGUCCCCACAGUCCGAGGCAAGGGGUCCCUGUGUCAGCAAAGGUUGGAGGAUCUGAGACUGCCGAAGAGGAGAAGCCAGCAAGGAAAGUUCUAGAAAACAGCGGGGCCAAGGCUGAAGGCUAACUUUCUUUCCUGCUUCUUCACGUCAGUCCCUCCUGCUCCACCUCCCCCCAGACCCUCACACUCUGGCCUUUCCUUUAACUCGGCCACGGAACGGCAGGAGCGCCCUGCCGAGCAUGAGUUCUGUGAGCUGGCCGUGCGCCUCAACCAGCUGGAGGUGCACGGGCACCGCUGUGGAGGCCGGACGGGGCUCCGCCCAGACCACGGCCAGCCCGUCAGGCGCCAGGUGCUGGCCCAGCACAGAGAAGUAUGUGGGGGCGAACCGGCCCAGCGCAGGACAGCUCUCGACCACAUCCUAGAGAGGCCCCCCUGUGUUGUCUAUCGCAGUCUUCACGGGACUCGUCCAGGGAGACUGAGAGGCCGGGGGUGGAGCCCGGGAGCCGGCAGACUGGUGCAGAGGCGGCAGGGCCCUACAGACUGGGAGGCUUCACUUGAGCUCCUCCAGGACAAUCCCAACCGGUAGAGAUGCACCUGCACCCUUUCACGGGUGCACAGAGCACAGCCCGGGCUUGCUAGAGACAGAAAUAAGACUGGACAGGCAAGAUUCCCAAGCCAGUCCCCCCAUCAGCAGCGGUCAGAAGGGAACUAGCUGCAGCUCCCGACCUUUGCCGGCAUGCGGGCUCCCCGGACCCGGCGGGCUCCUUAUGAGGCGUGCUUGCAGAGGACACCAGCCACCGAGGACGGAUCUCCUGUUGACCUCACCGGCUGCAUGGUCACAGGGGAACACAUGUGGAGCCUAAAAUCCCCGGUGCCGUAAGCCUCUCCUGCUAAACGAUCUGGCCAAGGUCAAACCCGGCAAGUGGAAAACCGGAAUGCUUCAGACUCGGGUCCAUGUCCCGCAUCCUUGAGCAGAGCUUCCACACCCCCGGUGCAGACACGCACAGCAACCCCAGCUUGCUGCCAGAGCUCAGAAGUCCCGGGAGAAAGAGCAGCCAGAGGCCACACAGCGGGCACCAUGGCCUCCUCAGAAGCCAGUCCCACUCCAGGAAACUGUCUCCUCGUCACCAUCGUGUGUCUGUGGCCACAGAGGGGAUCCCAUGGGCGAUUCGGCCAAGGGUUACCUUGUGGCCGAGGUCACCAGCAGUGUGGGGCAGGCCUGGGACCGUUUGUACUCACGACCGCCGUGGACAAAGGCCAUGGACAGAGCUGCAGGGGAGCUGGCCUAGCCACUGCCACGGGCAGUCACUCACGGUCUUGCUUCUGUGCUUAUGCAGGGAAAAAGUUUCCAGCUCCUAAAAGCAGAAUCUACUGUCUUUAUUGCAACCAGAUGAUCCCCAAAAAGCAGUUUUUCCGCCACACGGACAAAUGCUGCUCAGUCCCAGAGCCCAUGAAAUGUCUUCCAACUGGAAAGCCAAGAACUCCUCCUGCACCCCUCCCCACUCAAACCAGUAGCGAUCAGACCUGCUACGCUAAGGAUGUCCGCCCAAAGAUGAACAAUAGACACAGAUUUCCUCCGCCUUCUGAAAAUUCAACCAAGCAAGCAGCACACGGCACAAACUCAACUUUGACUCUGCCUUUGAAGCCUGAGCACAAGCGGAGGGGCCCCUCCGCUGCCCGACACGAGGCGGCCUAUGACGUUCUGAGGCGGUGUUCCCUGUGUGGUAUCCUGCUUCCCCUGCCCAUCUUAAAUCAACACCAGGAGAGAUGCUGGUGGCUAGCUUCCCGGAAAGGAAACCAUGCGAGAAACUCCAGCUAACCUGGAACAGACAGAGAUGUAGGUAUGUCCAAAACUACGGACAAACCAGGAGAAGAAAGGGCUCCAGCUCUUCUGCGGGAGAACCUCAGGCGUCGGGCACCUGGAUCAAACAUCUGGGCCCCACAGUCUGGACACCUUGGGGGACCCAGGCUUGUCUCUGGGAAAUAAAAAUACCCUCCCUGAA